AUGGCCGACGCUGUAAUAGCUGCCGCCAAUACACUACGGGCAAAACAAAAGCCUCUCAAGGACAAAUAUCGUUCAGAUCCUUCGUCCGCGCUCGUCACGUUGUCCUCUUCCGGAGACCUCGAUCCGACCUCGACCAGCUUGACAUGUUCUCUUUCCGCAGGACAGGCCGCUCGAAAGGUGGCUGGUUUGCACAAGGCCGCCGGAGGUGAAGGCUUCGAUGCUACUGGUGAGCUCUGUUCUGGUGACAUGCUGCUGGAAUCAUUGGUUGCCUGCUUCGGUGUCACGGUACGAGCGGUCGCAACAAGUCUGGGCAUUCCCAUCAAUCGCGGCGCGGUCACUGUCGAAGGCGAUCUUGACUUCAGAGGCACCAUGGGCAUCAAAGACCCGGAUGGCAACGCAGUGCCUGUUGGAUUCAAGGACAUAAGACUCAUUGUGCAGCUGGACGUUGACGACGAACACAAAUCCAAAGUCGACAAGCUGAUCGAAAUCAGCGAAAGAUACUGCGUGGUACUACACACAAUCCGGAAUGGGGUCAACGUCGCCACUCGGCUAGAAGCCGCCCUUGAUGCCGGCACCGGCAAUGACAGCCGCACACGUGGGGCGGACAUUCCAGCAAGCGAAGAGGUCUUGAAACUCAAUUAG